UUUUUUUUCCAGCCGGAGCGUUGUCAGGUCCAGCCAACCAGCCAGUACACUGGGAGAAAAAGUAGGCUACUCUUGUGCUUUUUGGAGUGGCAUCUGAUCCUGCCUUCAUCAGAACCAAAGCUCGUGUGUAACGUGCCAGAGGAAAUGUCAGACCAAACAGAGGAGCUAACCAACAAGCCCUUCACGGCCCAGUUGUCCAAUGUUUACCUCAGCAUCUUGGCACUGUUCUGCUUUAAGCUCUUUGUUAAGAUUUCCCUCAACUUGCUGACAUACUUCUACAUUGUCCGUGGGAACCGUAAAGAGGCGGCCAGGAUAUCAGCAGAGUUCUAUGAUUAUGGUCAACAACACAGAUCCUGGGCAGACCGGUCACCCCUCCAUGAUGCUGCAAGUCAGGGCCGCCUCCUGGCCCUGAGGACCCUCAUUUUACAGGGUCACAAUGUGAAUGUUCUGACUAUAGACCAUGUGACGCCGCUUCAUGAGGCCUGUCUUGGAGACCACGUCGCUUGUGCCCGAGCUCUCAUUGAUGCAGGAGCAAAUGUCAAUGCUUCUACAAUUGAUGGAGUAACCCCUCUGUUCAACGCCUGUACAGUGGGCAGUGUAGCAUGCACUGAAAUUCUGUUAGAAAAUGGAGCAAAACCUCAGAGUCUCGUGUACCAUCCCUCACCCAUCCAUGAAGCUACCAGCAAAGGUCAUUACGGUUGUGUGGAGGCUCUGGUGACUUGGGGGGCAGAUGUGGACAUGGACAUUCCUCACCUGGGCACAGCACUCUAUACAGCCUGCGUCUGCCAAGAGCUGGAGUGUGCCAGGAAACUCCUGAGGGAAGGUGCCAAUGUACAGAAAGGCAAAUCCCUGGAUUCGCCUCUACAUGCAGCUGCAGAGAAAGACUGCACAGCGGUGGUGAAGCUGCUGCUCGACUUUGGUGCAGACAUUAAUGCCAGGAACACAGAGUGUCAGAGGCCAGUAGAUGUGGCACCACCCAGCAGUCUUACAGAGGGCUUCUUAUUGCUCUAUGAAGCUACACCACGACUUCUGAGCCAGCUGUGUCGUCAGUGCAUCAGGAACUGCGUCGGCCGUGACAGACUCCACCUUCUUUCCCACCUCCCCCUGCCCAACAGACUAAGAAACUACCUGCAGUACCAAUGACAGACAGAACAACCAAACUGUCUAAAUGGGACUCAGAAAGACGCCUUUGACACAAACAACACAUCAACUCCAUGAGCUCUUCCCACUUUUAAUGUUAGUUGCCAGAAAUGCAGUAAGAAUAAUUAAUUGAAAUUAGGCAAAGAGCAGCCACUGAGUAGCUGACAGUGCCAAGCUGUGUUGUAUGUGUGGACCUGGAUGAAUGUGAAGCAGGAUACUGCUACUAAAAGAAGCCUGCAGGCUUAGCCUUGGAUAUAUAAUGAAAAAAAACAACAAUAAAAAUACAUAUUUAUUAACUAUUCAGAUUUGCGGUGUUUAGAAGAUACCUUGAUAGUUGCAACAGCUACAAGUGAGUGGUACACUUUGAUAAGAUUAUAAUGCCACAUAAAUACACAAGAUAUAUGUAUGAUUGAGUAUUCUUAGUUUUGCAUUUGAUACCUAAUGCACUGCACAUGACUAGGAAAUUAAAUUUAUUUUUGAAACCUG